AACAUAUCUCUGACACAUUUGGGUGCAUUUCAGUAUCCAGCUAGACUGACGCCUGUUUGCCCGUUUCCUAAUGACAUUUUAACAGCAAAAGGGGAAAAGUCGGCUUGUAUGGACAACCACGAGGGCGUAAUGUGAAGAACGCGAACUCCCGUUGCCAAGGAGACGCGAAGAAGCUAACGGCUAAUGCUAAUCCACCUGUGAUUAGAUUUGAAUGAAGAUCUUGGUGCGCGUUUGUUUGGGUGUGUUUUAACAUGGCAGAACUCCACGUUAUCGGCCAAAUAGUGGGCGCUAGUGGUUUCCCGCAGAACAGCCUGUUUUGUAAAUGGGGCGUUCAUACAGGCGGUGCGUGGAGACUUUUAUCCGGUCUAAAGGAGGGACAGACCCAAGUGGACAACCCUCACAUCGGUGAAAUGGCGUACUGGAGCCAUCCCAUUGAUUUACACUUCGCGACCAAGGGACUGCAGGGCUGGCCGAAGAUCCACCUCCAAGUGUGGCACCAGGACUCGUUUGGGCGCUGCCAGUUGUUUGGAUACGGUUAUUGCCACGUCCCCUCCAGCCCGGGACAUCACCGGGUUAAAUGCGUGACCUGGAAGCCGCUCGGGACUUGGCAGGAGCAGCUGGCCCACACGUUUGUCGGCGGAGGUCCUCAGCUCCGCAGUCCGGACACGAUCUACAGCGGGGCGGACAGAUACAGGCUCCACACCGAGGCCAUGGGGACUGUGGAGCUAGAGCUAGGCAUCAUCUUGAACAGAUUUGAUAAAUUUGGUGUGGAAAGCUAAGGAUUUCUUCACAGAUAU